AUGAAGUUCUCACAUUCGUUGCAGUUUAAUGCCGUUCCAGAGUGGUCAUCAAAGUAUAUUUCGUAUACGACGCUCAAGAAAUUAAUAUACUCAUUACAAAGAGAAUCAUUAAGACGUCAAAAAGAUGAUUUAGAAUCAUCACAUCUAAUUUCCAACGAAUCAUCUUCUUCAAAAGAUCCUUCUGUUGUCUUUGUUGCAGCAUUGGAUGCAGAGUUGAAGAAGAUAGAUGAGUUUUACCAGUCUCAAGAGGCUUUUGUUUUUCAGGACAUAGAUGAUCUUAUGAGGGAUAUUGAUGUCUUCGAGAAUGAUGUCGAAAACGUUGGUAACAAUGAACAACGAGAUUUGCUUGGAUUCGAUUUGCGCCACUAUAAGCUGAACUCAACCGCCCCACGGCGCAAAAGGGCGUCUGAUGCUUCUGGAGAGCUCACCACUUUUGUUACUGAUCCAGAAACCGAAUACACUCAGGAUGAUGAUUACGAGGAAGGCGACAACGUACACAAUACAGAGCUGAAUAGUGAUGCCUUGAGGAAAACUAAGUCGAGUGAAUAUCCUUUAAGAAGCCAAAAAUCACAAGCGUGGGAUCAACUUGAGUCUUCUGUUAGACUUCCUCCACAGCUCAUUCUUCUUUCCGAAACUCGGGUUCUUUUGAGAAAGAGAAUCAUCAAUAUGUACACCACCAUUUCGGAGCUCAAAAGCUAUGUGGAAUUAAACCAAACCGGUUUUAAGAAAGCAUUAAAGAAAUUUGACAAACUGUUAGAUACGAACUUGAAAGAUGAAUACUUGUCUCAAUUACCCGAAAGAACUUAUGUGUUCAAAAAAUCUACUAUGGAAAAGCUAGACGAAAAAAUUAAUUCACUAAUUGAAAUCUAUGCCAUUAUUUGCAACCAUGGGAAUGAUUUAGAAGCUGCCAAAGCAGAACUUUCUAUUCAUUUGAGGGAUCAUGUCGUCUGGGAAAGAAACACUGUGUGGAGAGACAUGAUAGGUAUGGAGAGGAAAUCUCAAGCUGCCAAUUCUAAGGCAUCUGAGGGACCAUCAUCAAACGAGAAGGCUAAUUCUUCCAUUUCUUCUUUUAAUAUCUCAUUCCAGAACCCAACAAUUGUUAAGCUAUGCUUAAUUGUGGGAGUUACGCUUCUUUUACUUAACUUUUCUCCUUUUGAUGAUAUUGCUCAAAAGAAUUGUUUUGCGUUGCUUGUGUGUGCCUCUUUGUUAUGGGCUACGGAAACAAUUCCACUCUUUGUGACCUCCCUUUUAAUUCCAAUGAUGAUCGUGAUGCUUGGAGUCCUCAAAAACGUUGACGGCACACCUAUGGACUCAGUAGAGUCUUCCAAGUUUAUCCUCUCAACUAUGUGGAACUCUGUGAUUUUACUUCUUCUUGGUGGCUUCACAUUGGCUGCUUCGUUAACGAAGUACAACAUUGCUAAAGUCAUAUCCACGUGGAUCCUUGCCAAGGCAGGUACACGGCCACCUGUGGUUUUGUUGACGAUUAUGAGCAUUGCAUUAUUUGCAUCCAUGUGGGUUUCCAAUGUUGCAGCGCCGGUUCUUUGUUUUUCCCUCAUUCAACCAUUACUUCGUACUUUACCGAAGGGAUCCAAGUUCAUUAAUGCCUUGAUCCUUGGAAUUGCUCUCGCAUCUAACGUCGGUGGCAUGGCGUCCCCAAUUGCAUCACCUCAGAAUAUGAUCGCGAUCGGUUCAAUGGAUCCCGCUCCAUCAUGGGGACAGUGGUUCGUGAUUGCACUCCCUGUCUGUAUCCUUUCCUUACUAUUAAUUUGGGUGUUUUUGCUUAUCACGUUUGAUUGUAAUUCCAAGAAAACACAACUCGUGCCCUUCAGAACUGGUAAUGACAAGUUCACAAAGAUCCAGUGGUUCAUAGUUGGUGUGUCUAUGUCAACAAUUUUGUUGUGGUGUUUCGCAUCACGCUUGGAAGGAGUCUUCGGUGAGAUGGGUAUCAUUGCCUUGAUACCUCUCAUUUUGUUUUUUGGAACAGGGUUGUUGACAACUGAAGAUUUCAAUAAUUACCCAUGGAACAUUGUUGUCUUAGCGAUGGGAGGAACUGCUUUAGGAAAGGCUGUAGCUUCUUCCGGAUUGCUUUCAACUAUUGCCAUCCAAAUCCAACGCGAGGUGGAAGACUUUUCACUCUUUGGUGUAACGUUAACAUUUGGUCUCCUCAUUUUGAUUAUGGCAACUUUUGUCAGUCACACUGUGGCGGCCUUGAUCGUUGUUCCCUUAGUCGCAGAGAUUGGUAACAAAAUGGAUGACCCUCAUCCAAGGUUGCUUAUCAUGGCAAGCGCAUUAUUGUGCUCUGCUGCAAUGGGAUUGCCAACUUCUGGAUUUCCAAACGUUACGGCUAUCUGCAUGACGGACGAAUUUGGAAAGCCGUACCUUACUGUUGGAACCUUCAUUACUAGAGGAGUUCCUAGUUCCGUCAUUGCGUAUUGCAUCAUUGUGACUAUUGGCUAUGCCACAAUGAAGCUUAUCAAUUUCUAG